AUUCUGUAUAUCUGAGGGAAAAAAAAGUUAGUGUCUUCCAUUCAAGAGUUUGGGGAAAUAUUGGAAGAUGUUGUCCACUUUGUCCUCCUUCCAGAGACAGUUAUCUUCCAUCAUGGAAACACUGGUGCAAACAGCAGUGCUGGAGAUCAGCAGACUGGUGGAUGUGGAGUGUGAAGUGUUGCUGUCGGAGCUCACCCGCAGCCGCAGUGAAAUCUGCUCUCUGAGACACACACUGAGCUCGACCGAGGACACUGGACAAACACUCACACAGAGCUCCACACCGGUCAAGAGUGAAUAUGCCCAAGAAGAGAUGCAGAAUCAUUUGAACCGGUGUAGCAAUAAGGUUCUUUUUAGAGACAGCCCAACAGUAAUUCAGCAAGACCAACAGAAGUGUGAGGUCAACCAGCCAAUAGGUAUGAUAAAGCAGGAGCUGCAUGAAGUAGAUGUUUGGAUUGGUCAAGACAACAGUGAAGUGGGAACCCACUGCGGUGAAGCCGUGAGCCUGUCGCCCACCAAGGACGUUCGCAAAAUUGUCCCUUGUGUUGACAGAAAAAGUCGAGAAAAUGCAUCUGUGAGAGUCCCGUCUAAAUCAGAAUCACUGAACAAAAGCUCCUCACCUGGAGAAAUGAUGGUGAACCAGCCGUUGUCUAUGAAGCGCACAUCUGAACCUGAAAACACUUCAUUUAGUCACACACAGAGUUUGAGUGCAUCAAAGUCCACAAGAACAUGCAGUGCCAAUACUAUGUCAGGGGACAAGCGGUUUGUUUGCACCUACUGUUCAAAGUGGUUCAGGUGUUUUAGUCAGCUUACAAUACAUCAGCGGAGCCACACAGGUGAGAAGCCCUACAGGUGCACACUUUGUGGAAAGAGGUACAUUCAGAAAGGACACUUGUACACCCAUCAGCGCACCCAUACCGGAGAGAAGCCGUAUCGAUGCCCGCUCUGUGGAAAAGGCUUUAUUCAGAAAUGCACUCUUGACAUGCAUCUGCGAAGUCACACCGGAGAAAAACCCUACACCUGUAUUAAAUGUGGGAAAAGGUUCACAACGAAGUUUAAUCUUAACAAACACCUGUCUUGUCAGUCUUGCAACAACAUCAGUUAA